AAAACAUUCAAGACAUCUGUGUGAUUGCUGUUUUCACUCCUCUACUCUACACAUUUUUCUUAACUUUGGCGAACUUCGAACACUUCUUCUGCCUUACAACACACACCACCGACACUUAAAAUGGGGCUGCUUUCUCUUCUGCGUAAGCUGCGAUCGGCACCGGAAAAGGAACUUCGCAUUCUUUUGCUAGGGCUGGACAAUGCCGGAAAAACUACGCUGCUCAAGCAGCUCGCCUCGGAGGAAGUGACACAGGUGACGCCAACGGCCGGUUUCAACAUAAAGUCAGUCGUUUCCGAGGGAUUUAAGCUGAACGUGUGGGACAUAGGUGGACAAAGUAAAAUACGGCCGUACUGGAAGAACUACUUCGAAAACACCGACGUUCUGAUCUACGUCAUCGACUCCAGUGAUCGAAAGCGGCUGGAAGAGACUGGGGACGAGCUAACAGAGCUGCUGCUGGAUGAUAAAUUAAAAUCCGUUCCCCUGUUGGUGUUUGCCAACAAGCAAGACAUCGUCGGUGCCCUCAAGGCUUCCGAGAUAGCAGAAUGUUUGAAGUUGGUCAAACUAGCCGACCGUACCUGGCAAAUACAGGGCUGCUCUGCGCUACAAGGCACGGGAGUAAAGGAGGGAAUGGAUUGGGUGUGUAAAAGCAUCAAAAAGUAAACGACACCAACCAUUCUAACAUUCCAGCCGGUCAAGCGCACUAAUUGAAGUCAUCUAAUUCCGUCCCACUGGUCACGCGAGCCUUAGCACCAAAGUGCAAUACAUAAGAUAUACUAAAUGUCCAAACAAUUAUACUAAUGAAUCUCAGCC